GAAGAAGACGUAAUUAUAAUAUCUCCCUGUGUAUGUAUAUAUAUAAAUUUUCUUCAGUUAAAAAGGGCGACAGAAAAUUACUGGUGGCUACUUUCUCUUCACUUGCUCAUUAUCAUCUACUGCUAGAGCUACAGCUGCACCACUUCUUCUCUCCUUGUGCUUGUCUCUUGGAGCUAUAUAACGCUGUCCUUUUUCCUGUUCGUCUUCAUUACCUAGCCUAUAUAACAACAGCAAGAAGACAGGUUUCCUCUACCUAAUACUUCUUGAGGUGACCCAUGGAUGAGCUGUACCCUUUCAACUCCUCUCCUAGUGAUUACCCUAUGCAGGUGGUGUUGCCGGAGAAUAUCAUUCCUCCUCCGCCUGAUUACCAUGUCUUUCAGUCUCCUGGGUCAUCGUCUUUUCCUGCGGUGGGAUCGGAUCAUUUGUUUUCUGGUUCUUCUGUGUCUGACACUGCUUCCAUGGUGGCUGAGAUGCAGAGAGGUGGUGGUGCUGGUGGUGGCAGUAGUGGGGUUGGUUCAGAAGAGGAGGUUUCUAGUACAAUUAGGGCUAAAAUUGCUUCUCACCCGCUUUACCCGAAACUGCUUCAAGCUUAUAUUGAUUGCCAGAAGGUCGGAGCACCGCCGGAGAUGGUCUAUCUCUUAGACGAAAUCCGUCAAGAAAGUAACCUUCCGAAUAGGUCAACCGUUGUUCCUUCUUGCUUGGGUGCAGAUCCCGAGCUCGACGAGUUCAUGGAAACUUAUUGCGAUAUUUUGGUGAAGUAUAAAUCGGAUCUCUCAAGGCCCUUCAAUGAAGCCACCACAUUUUUGAACGAUGUUGAAGCACAGUUAAAUACUCUCUGCAACAAUUCUUCCAGAUUAACCCAUGUUUCUGACGAAGCCGUGGGUUCUUCGGAUGAGGAUGCGAGCGGAGGAGAGGUAGAGAUGCAAGACUGUGUGCGUGCUAAUGAAGAUCGAGAACUCAAAGACAAACUGUUACGUAAAUACAGUGGCUACAUAAGUACCCUAAAGCAAGAGUUUUCAAAGAAGAAGAAAAAGGGAAAGCUACCAAAGGAAGCGAGGCAAAUCCUCCUUAACUGGUGGAAUAUUCAUUACAAAUGGCCGUACCCGACGGAAGCGGAUAAGGUAGCUCUUGCAGAUGCAACUGGGCUAGAUCAGAAGCAAAUUAAUAACUGGUUUAUAAAUCAAAGGAAGAGGCAUUGGAAGCCAUCGGAGAACAUGCAGUUUGCUGUUGUGGAGAGUAUAUACGGGCCAUUUUUCAUGAAUGACUGAGGAGUGAGGUGGGCAUUUUGCUGUAACUCAUGGCUGGUUUGUUGUACAUUCUUGGACAAAACCUUGUUUGCUGAUGCAUGCAUGCCAAAUCAAAUGCUAAUGCUUAAUUAUCGUUUCAA